GCGCAAGUGACAGAGGCGGGGCGCGUUUCGCUCUCAGUUAAUGGAGAACGGGCGGAGGGAAGAGUGAGUGUGUUAUUAUGUCCCGAUACAACCGGUGCGGUGGAGAAACCAAGGUCUAUGUAGGUAACUUGGGAACAGGUGCCGGUAAAGGGGAACUAGAGCGUGCAUUCAGCUACUACGGACCACUGAGGACAGUCUGGAUAGCACGGAAUCCCCCUGGUUUUGCUUUUGUGGAGUUUGAGGAGCCUCGAGAUGCUGAAGAUGCUGUUCGUGGUUUGGAUGGCAAGGUAAUUUGCGGCUCACGUGUUCGAGUGGAAUUAUCAACAGGAAUGCCACGCCGCUCACGCUUUGAGCGGCCACCAGCACGCCGACCUUUUGACCCAAAUGAUCGGUGCUAUGAAUGUGGAGAAAAGGGUCAUUAUGCUUACGAUUGUCAUCGCUAUAGCCGACGCAGGAGGAGCAGGUCUAGGACUAGAUCACGUUCACGCUCACGGGGAAGAAGGUAUACCCGUUCACACAGCCGUAGCCGUGGCAGAAGGUCCAGGUCUUUUUCUCCUCGGAGGUCCAGGUCUUUCUCUCCAAGAAGGUCUCGGUCAUUCUCUCCUAAAAGGUCCAGGUCUAGAUCGAGGUCACGGUCCAGGUCCAGGUCUCUAUCGAGGCAGAGAAGCAGGUCUCUAUCUCCGUUAAGAAGAUCCAAGUCUGGAUCAUUGGUUCGAAGUCGCUCGAAGUCUAGAUCACUUUCACCAAAGCGAAGUCGUACACCAUCUGAAAACUCUCGUAGAAGUGCAAGUCCUGACCGAAAUGACUAAGUUGCAAAGCAGAACUUUAGAACGAAUGUUUUUUGUUUACAUUCUUUGAAGUUGUAUGGGAAUCUUGAUUCUUUGUGGGAUUUUGAUUUGAUUUUAAAUGUAAGGGCUUGUUUCUAAAUUAAUUUUUCAUGCUUGCUUUUCCCCCUUUGUGGAAAACAUUUGGCGCGGGUAGGCCUGAUUUUUUUUUUUAAAAGAGUACACAUCUUAGAGUAGAUACUAAAUCUAGUAACCUGCAUUUAUUUUCCUGCAUAACGGUGUUGUAUUCUUUUGUUCUAAUAUCAGAUUCCUCUCAGACCUGUUGAAGUGUAUUACAUUUUUGUAUCUGGAAAUAGAAAUAAAUAAAUUGUCCUGAGAA